AUUCACAAGUCAUCUUUAGAACAAAAUAAUAGCAUUUUGAACCGUUUGGGGUGAGAAUUAAUGUGUCACAAUACAAUUCCCAAUAAGAUUAGUAACGCGUGUAUACGAGAACUGAUCGAAAUGUUCUUCAUUCAGUGAUAAAAACCACAGUUUCGUGUUUGACCGACAUGAUGGAUUUGGACAACUUCUCGUAUAUUUUCGGCAGUUUCGCUCGACGGAGAUCGAGUCAAGAACGAAACGGCGCUAAAAGACGGUCCAUCGAACCAACUAUAAUACAAUUAACCCCUCCCAAUUCCAAAAAACCGAUGAUAUCGGUCACGAAGACGAAAAAUAAUCCGGAUAUCUCGGAAGAUACUAAAUAUCAGUGUCCGAUGUGUAAGAAACGAUUCGAGGAUCCCAGAGUACUUCCAUGUCUCCAUACUGUAUGCUUAAAAUGCUUACAACAAUUAGAGCAAGCCGAUUUGAACGUUAGGUACGAUGAGGAAUCUGAAGAAUCUCGAAAAACCGACGAGGCUGGUUCAAGUAAAAAUAGUUCGGCGGGUUCCGGGUAUUUGAGCGACAAACCGAGCGAUUCAAGUACCGCCAAAGGUUUUUAUUGCCCCUCGUGUGGUACUUACGUCGAUAUACCCAAGGGAGGAGUUUCGAAACUGCUUCCUAAUUAUUUAUUAUUACGUAAAAUAACUGUGACGAGCUUAAACGAUAACCACAACUUGUGCAGUAUUUGCACCUCGGAUAAAUCAGCUUUAUUCAGAUGUACGGCGUGUAAAUUGAAUUUGUGCGAUAUUUGCGAAGACGUCCACCAUAGACAAAAACCGUCAUUAGAUCACGAAGUUUUGUUAAUAGAUGGCGCUAAAUCGACUAUAAAACGUCUGGUGUGUCAAACACAUCCGGAAAACGAACUGAACGUAUUCUGUAGUUCGUGCUACGAGGUUAUAUGUGGAGGAUGCGCUGUAGAUAAACACAUCGACCACGUUUUCGAGCCGGUUUCUAGAGCUAUAAAGACCCAUUUCGCUAAAUUGCGUUUAUUAUCCGAGCGCGCUAGGAAUCUAGUGGAAGAAUCGGCUCUAGCCGCCGGUAAAUUAGACUCGGUGUCCAAACAAAUCGAAACUAGGUGCAACGAGGUUCAAGAUGACGUCGAGAAAUUCAUCGGAGAGUACGUUCGGUCCGUGGAGGAUCACAAACUCGAGUUGUUGGAACAAAUAAAGCAAGUGAGACGAGAUAAACUUGAAUGCGUACAUCGGGAAAGAGCCGCGUUGAGAAAUAAACUGCGCGGAGCUAGAGACGUGUCUGGAUUUUUGUCGGAUCUAUUGAGCGAUGGAACGGAUGCGGAAAUAUUGAGUUUCGUGCAUCCGGUUUUGAAUAGGGCGGAGAUGUGCGGCGAUUUCGAGGCUGUUGCCGAAGUGAAAUUGUCGGGGUCGUUGCAGUUUUUGAAAGAGGAAACGGUCAAAUGCCCCAAUAAUUUUUUUUCGAUUUACGGCGUUCUGACUACACAGAAUGUUUCUCCGGACAAUUCGGUGCUCGACACGGCAGUUCUACAAAAUUUACGAGUCGGUAAAAAAGUUGAAAUACUACUGGAAACGAGAGACAACGACGGGUUGCCUAUAGAAAGGGGCGGAGAUGAAGUAAUAGCGGAUAUACGUCACAGAGACGCGGGAGUUUCGAAAUCGUUACUGGUAAAUGUCAAAGAUAAGAAAAACGGAAAUUAUAUCAUUUCGUUUACACCAGACGUACCCGGAAAAUUAAUUUUGAACGUUAAUAUCAAUAAGAAACCCGUUAAGGGAAGUCCGUUUCCGGUGAUUGUGCGCACUAUAAAACAGCACGUCGGCAUUUUUCAUUGCUGCACAUUCUGUUCUAGCAGAGGCAACAAAGAUGCCGUUUGUGGUUGCUCCGGUACAAUGCCAGGGGGUUACAAAGGAUGCGGACACGGUCACGAAGGACAUCCAGGACGACGACAUUGGUCUUGUUGCGGAAUAAUUUUGCAAUAUUCUGAAUGUACCAGAACCAAGCAACCGCCGAAUUUUUAAUUCAAUCAGUGAAAAUAAAAUUUUUAUCGAUUA